AAACUGAAAUUAAAUUGCAGAGAGAAACAGAGGCGGAGGGCAGCAGAGUGGUCGGGAUCCGGCGGAGACUCGUCGGAUUUCGCCCAUUUUUCUUCAGAGUUGCUUUAAUUAGAUUGCCACGAAAUCGAAGUUGUUCUUGAAAGGGAAAGGUUUUCGAAAAUGAAGGGAUCUGGUCCUCUUGUCGCGUCAAUGCUUGCUGCCUCUACGGUGGCUCUCACCUCCUCUUCCUCUCCGCAGGCAAACUCAUCGCCGGUGAAGAACGGUGGUUCAAAGAGCUGUACUUCCUCAUCGGAGAAGGAGAAGUUUGCGCCGAGGUUCGAUGGGUUGAAAUUCAUAGAGACCUUGGUGACAGCGCACAGAUAGACAAAACCUGCACAUCGAAACGCCGUCCUUUGUCUCCGUUUUAAUUAGCCAAGGUCGUGCAAAAUCAACCGUUAACUAAAACCAUUGGUUGUUGUUAAGAUGUGAAAUUUAAGACUAAGAGUGCCUUCUUUUUUCUUUUUUCUUUUUUCCUUUUUUCUCCGUCGUUUUCGUACACCUCUUUAUAUUUCUUUUGUCAUUCCGGCUUCUGACUUUCUGUUAAUUUGAUGUUUGGUGUCAAUUCCCUCUUUGUUUGUUUGGAAGUCUUCGUGGAAUUGAUAUAGACCCAAUUUUAUUUUACAACCAAAUUUUAUAAAAUCCCUAUGUCAUUAAACAUGGUACAGAUUUUGGUGUUCAAUCGAGUGACAUGGUACUUGAAUUCAAUUUUUUUUUUUAAACGGUUUUUAGUUGUGCAAUUUCAUGCCACAAAUUUGGCAAACGACAUGGGUUGUUGGCUUGUUGCGUGCGCGGUGGCUAUAGUUGUGCAUGUGUUUGGGUUGGGUUUGCCUUGUGGGUACAGGAAUACAAAGGUUAUGGUCCUUCUAGAAAAGAGAUCACUAAAACAGCUAAGGUAUGGUAUUGUUUGUUUUGAAUCUUUUGAAUAUGCCAACAAAGAAAAGAAUAUGCU